UUAUUGAGUAGUUUCACAAUUUCUGAGAAAAAGAAGAACAUCAUGCACAUGCUAAAUGUUGUAAAACCUAUAAUGGUACCAGAAAGUUUCACAAGAAUAAGAUAUUUAACUCUUGAAAUUUUUAAAUACAUUUUGUAUGGCGAAGUUGAGCAGGACAUUUCAAAUAUUUACUCUAUAGUUUUGAAAAUAUUUUAUAUAACUGAAUGUCAACGAGAUGAAAUCAAACACCUUCAGGAACUGAAGAAAAAUUUUACGAAGACUAAAAAAAUAACUAUUGAUAAUAUCAGAAAAAUAAAAAAAUCAUCAACAACGUCUUAUCGAGAUAUCUUGUCAGAUGAUAUUACAUCUUUGAGAAAAAUAGUACGUGAACAUAAUUUAUCUGAAUUAAACACAGAAUCCUUUUUUAUUUAUAAAAAUAACUUUAAAAUACAAGCAGAAGUUGAAAUGCUUAUAUUAUCAAUUUUGUCUAGCUUAGAGCAUUCCAAUCUUUUUUUGUUAACGACUCAGUUAUCUAACGAAGAGGGUUCUCUGUUAGUUGGCAGAUAUCUAAGGAAUUAUCUAGCUCAUGGAAAUCCUGUUGUGGACGUUUUAAUGGAUUCCACUCAGUCGAUAUUUGUAUUUGCUGUGAAGAUUAUCAAACAUGACAUUUAUCAAAAAGGAAAUUUCACAAUGAAACGCGAAAAUAAACGAGCGACUGUAAAAUUUAUUGUGGAAAAUCAAGAAAGACUGUUUUGUGCUUUGUCUAACGGCUCCUUAGCUGAUAUGAAACAUUGGAUAAAGGAAGGAGCAGAUAUUUACGGAAGGGAUCAUGACAUGAGAACUGCUUUACAUUUUGCUUCGAAAUCAUCUAACAAUAAUGUUAUAAAGUUCUUAAUCGAUCAAGGAUUAAAUCCAAGUGCCAAAGAUAUUAAUGAUCUAAAUAUUCUUCACAUAGCUGCUGCAUCAGGAUGCAAAGAUGCUGUCUCUUAUAUUAUAGAAGAUUUAAAAAUAUCAGUUGAUGAAAAAUGUAAACAAAAUCAAACAGCUCUUCAUAUAGCUGCAGAAUCUGGUUGUUUUGAUGUCGCAGAAAUUUUACUUCACCACAAAGCUACAAUCAACGUUGGUCAGUUUCAUGAGACGCCGCUAUACAUAGCUGUAAUCAAUAAUAAUGCGAAUAUUGCUGAAUUAUUUAUUCAGAAUGUCAAGGAUAUAAAUUCAAUCCGACAUGCAACAGGAAAGACUUUAUUACAUGUUGCAGCUGACAUCGGUCACUUCGAUAUGGUCGAGUAUUUACUCGAAAAAGGAGCAGAUGUUAAAUCCGUAUCAGAUACAUUGAUCACACCAUUGCAUGAAUCUGCUUACGCUGGUCAUCUAGAAAUUGUCACAUUAUUGAUUUCUAAUGGAGCAAACGUAAAUGCUAAGGAUUCAACUGAUAACACACCACUUCAUUACGCUGCAUUUAAUGGACAGUCAUCGACUGCUGAAGUUUUGCUGAAAAAGGGUGCUCAUUUAAAUGCUUUAAACAAUAAAGAACAUUCACCUUUGCAUGGCUCCAUUAUGAAUGGACACUUAAAUGUAUUAAAAAAGUUUAUUACACACGGCGCUAGUAUUGAAGAUGUUGAGAAAAGGGGUUUUCCCUUAUUUGAAUAUGCAAUCCCUCAUAAUAACUUAGAACUUAUAAAUAUUUUAAUCGAAAAUGGAAUGUCGAUUAACAUAAGGGAUCCUAAUGGUUGUACUCCUCUUCAUAAAAGUAUAAGAAAUGGCUCGGAAAAUAUUUCGCUGAAAUUAAUCGAAUGUGGAGCCGAUAUUAACUCAGUAGAUAAAUUCAAUCUUACUCCUUUGAGCCUUUCGAUCAAACUUGGUUACUUUGAAAUAGCAGAUAAAUUGUUAUCCGAACAGGUAAAUAUUCAUUCAGUUGAUUAUAAAGGACACACUUUAUUGCAUAUGUGUGUCUUAAAUUUUAAACUUUGGGACUCUAUGGGUGAAGAAUAUUUUACAGAGACCUACAAUAACUUAGUCUCUAAUCCAAGUAGGCUUAACAUUUUUAAAAAGCUUGUAGAAAGUGGAAUUAAUAUAGAAAGUGAGAAUAUCUUUGGCAGAACUCCUUUGCACUUAGCUUGUAUCUCAGGCUAUGAUGAUAUCGUUCAAUAUUUAAUUCCUAAAUUGGUUGACAUUAAUACUUACGACAAACUAGGGUAUACACCCUUACAUCAUGCUGUCAAACAUAAUCAUCUGAAAGUUGUAAAUGUACUCUUAGCCAGUAAACAAUGUCGCUUGGACAUCAGGACGUUUAAAAACGAAACAGCUCUAUGCUUAGCUGUAACCAACAAUUAUACCGAAUCAACGCGACUGUUGAUCAAAUAUGGAGCUGAUGUGAAUGAUGGGGAUCCUCUUCAUAAAGCUCUUAUCCGUGGAAAUCAGGAUAUGUGUAUAAUUCUUCUAGAAAAUAAAUCAACCGAUAUCCUGAAACAAUUUGAAGAUAAAACUGAAACGAUUCUAAAAUAUGCUUCGAUGAAAGGUUUAAAACGGGUAUUAUCUUACGUCCUGGAAAAAAAGAAACUUUUGGUGUCAGUUGAAUUAAAUGAUUCUCUGUAUAUUGCCAUUGAAAAAGAUUACGAUGACAUUGUAACCAUUUUAUUAAAUCACGGAGCUGAUGUGAAUUAUGUUUUCGAAUCUAAUUUUGCCCCUUUGCAUUUAGCUGUUUUUCUGGGACAUUCCGAUAUCAUUAAAAUAUUGUUAGAAAGAGGAGCAGACUUUAGCAAACUGAAUUCCUAUGAUCAAAGACUUAUUUCUUUGGCUGUAUUUCAGGGUCAUUUGGAUACAGUAAAAAUAUUUUUUCAGAAAAAACUUACAGACGUAAAUGAAAAUGUAAAUGGAGAUACUACUUGGUUAAAUUUUGCUGCUGAAUGCGGACACCUAGAUAUGGUAAAAUUUCUAAUAAAUGAAGGUGCUAAUUUAAAUGUAACUGACAAACUUGGGUCGAAACCUGUACACACGGCAGCUCGAAUGGGGCAUUUACACAUAAUUAAAUACUUCCUUCAGUGCGACGAAAAAUUAGUCACAGAACGUGGGAGUGGAAAUACGACUCUUCUUCAUUACGCAGCUGGUGAAGGUCAAACAGAAGUUGCAAAAUAUCUAAUCGAAAAAGGAAUUGAUGUUAAUGACGAAUGUGGCAAUGGGCUGAGACCAAUUCAAUAUGCUACAAACUUUGGCUAUGAGGAAGUAGUUAAAGUACUGCUUAACAAUGGUGCUUUUUAUGACUGCAUUCAAGUGUAUCGUAUUAAAGAGAAAAUUGUUAAAAGAAUCUUUCUGAUGAUAAAAGAGCUUUUUCAUUCAGUUAUUUGCAACAACGUUUCAAAAGUAAUAUCACUUGUUGAUGAGGGAGCGUGCAUCAAUGCAAAGGACUAUACAAAUACUACAGUUUUGCAUUACGCUGCAAGGAAGGGUUAUACUGAAAUUACUCAAUGUCUAGUUCUAAACAACGCAAAUCCUAACGUAUUAGGGAAAGAAAAUGCAGCACCCCUUCAUUACGCGUCAGCCUGUGGCAGAAUUGAUGUGGUUAGAAUACUAUUGGAAAAUGGUGCUAUAUAUAAUGCGAUGACCACUGACAAGAAAACUCCUCUUGAUCUAGCAUCAAGCGAAAGUGUCAGUGAUCUAUUGAAACUAAUCGAUAGUGCUUUCAAGUCUGUGCAAAACUAUAAUAUUGAGAUUUUAAAUACUCUAGAAAAAAUUAGAAAUUCCGAUGUAUUAAAAUCGAUUAUGUGUGCUAAGAAUAUAAAAGGAAAGACUUUACUAUAUUGUGCUAUUGACAAUGAUUUUCCGAAAAUAAAUCAUCUCAAGCACAUAUUUUACAAUUAUUCUGAGACCUACAAUCAAAUUUAUAAUCAUUUAUUUAAAGAAAAUUUUAAUGAUGGUAUAAACAUGCAAACUAAUUUGCUUCUGAAAAUUUUGCCAACUCAUGCUUCAGAUAAUCCAGAUUCGUUAGAAAUCAAAGAAGGUUCAGCAAUAACACUGUAUAAGCAGCAGAAAUAUCAACAAGCAAUUGAUAUUUUUCAGGAAAUUUUUCAGAGCAGGAAAGAGAUACUUGGACUAAGUAACAGUCGUACUCAAAAAACACGAUUUUACAUAGGUUCUGUUCUCCAUAGAUUACAUAGAAAUGAAGAAGCAAUUGAAAUUUUAGAAGACGUUUACUUGCAACAAAAUAUUUUAUUGGGAUUAGAUCAUUUUGAGACAUUGAUCACAUUGUGCAGUAUGACAGGAAUUUUGAAGAAACUACAACGGUAUGAUGAUGCAUUAAAUAAAUAUAAGAUAGUGUUUAAAAAAUUUCAUAAAAUGUUUGGUUCAGACAACGCUUUAACUAUACACGCUCAAGAAUCUCUAGCAGAAAUUUUAACUGAUUUGGACAAAUACAGCGAGGCUAUAUCUUGCUAUAAAUGCGUUUAUGAAUACAAAAAUAGACAGUUAGGGCCGUCUCAUCCAGACACUUUGAUGUCAGAUUUUAAUGUAAAAUUUGUGUCGUGUCUUAAAAAUUUUUGCGAUAAAACUCUCGAUGAUUUGCGAGAUGUUUUAAAUAUUCAGGAAAGAGCUUUAGGUCAGAAUCAUGAACUAACGUUACGGGCGGAAACAAAAUUGGUAACAUUGUUAUUCUCUAGCGGUAAGUUUAGUGAGGGAUUUGAAAUUUUAAAAAGAAUUGGUGCGAAACAAAAAGCUGUCUUGGGGGAAAAUAAUUCAAAAGUUUUAGAAAUCGAACAAACAAUAGAAAAAUUGAGAGAUGGGGUUAAUUUUUUCUAUUUACUAACAUCGUCGGGAAAAGCUCCGAACCCAAUCGCUUCCCAUAUACAAGAUACGUAUCAAUUUCAAACUUUUGAUUCUGAGGGCACAACGUUUCUUCAUUUUGUUGCAAGUGAAGGUCAUACGUCUUUAGUAAACUAUGCAUUGAAGAUAGGAAUCAAUGUUAUGACUGUAACCAAUAGAGGAAAAACGGCGCUGCACAUAGCAGCGUCCAAAGGUCAUACUGAAAUUACCGAAUUACUUCUCAAGCACGUAACAGAUACUAGCUUUAAUCAAUUGACUGGCUUUAUAAAUGCUAGAACAAGAAGUAAUAAAAAUUCCGCAUUGCACUUAGCUGCAGACGUUGAAACGGUUAAGAUUUUGCUCAAGUAUGGUGCCAUCUACAAUCUGCGAAAUAAGGAUGGUAAAACACCAAAAGAUUGCACAACAGUAGACUGUAUUUCAGAUUUUUAUCAGCUUAUUGAGGAAUUUUUCAUCAUGGGUUUGAUUGGAGACAGCAAAAUAAUAUCCAAAUUUAGGAAUCUUUGUUCAGAGGAACAAUUAGCGGUUUCCAAUGCAAGGAAUGAGUUACACCACACAAUACUGCAAGUUGGCGUGAAUUAUGGUCACAAAAAAAUUAUUGACAGCAUUAAACUUGAAGUCUGAAGUUAAAGAUUUCAUUUAUGAAAAUAUUAAAAGAAACUUUUAAUACUCUCAAAUCUGAUAUUUGCUUCAAUUGGAAAGUUACAGAUAUUUUUCAAAACUUUUUUUAGUUUAGUUUAUUCUUUGUCUGAAUGCACCAAUUCUAAAAGAAGGUAUAAGUUUAUGUAUGUAAACUUGUCUGUUCCAUUGAAAACACUUUAGACAAAAACUGCAUUAUCGAUUUUCCUACCAUUUCUUACGUAGCAAAGAAUUGGAGACGAUUAGUAUUUAUUUGAGUGAAUUUCAAAUAAUCCUGGUCCUGGUUUAAUAAAUUACAGGAGAACUGUAGCUUGUAUUAGAAAUCGAUUGCAAAUUUGAAAUAAACAAAUCAAAAAUAUUUCAGAUCCAUAGUUGAAUUUCGUGCAACAGAAAACUGAAAAAAAAUUCACUAGUGUUAUUUAAAUGCUGUUUUUAAGAAAUACUUUUGAAUUAUUAACUUUUACAUAAUAUUUAGAGUUUGUUUUAAUAUUUAAUCUCGUAACAAAAUGUAUAUGUUCUUCUGUUUAGAUAUUGGUUUUAUAAAUGUAAUUUAAAAUAAUUUUGAAUUACUACUUCACAUAAAACUAAUUAAUAACAUAAUUAAAUACAAAGUAAUAUUCUAUGGUGUGUCCUACUUUAUUCAAAUUUUCAACUUCAAAAAUUUUGAAAAAGAUAUCCAUUCCCAUUGCUACAGUGUUUAUUGCUACUAUUUAUCAGCAGUGAUAGCGUAUAACCAACUGCCCUGCUAUGCAUAUGAUCAUGUAAAUAUAUAAGUAACCUUAUUUCUCAGUAAAAUUUUGUUUAAUUCACUAGUUGUAGAUUAAUUUGUAAUGUAAUACCCAAUGUAUAUUUUGUAAAUAUUUAUUUACUCAGUUUUUCAUACUCAGUCUACCAAUAUCAAUACUCAGUUCAUCAUAUAAGAUUACUCAAAGUUUACUUUCGAUGUAAAUAUUAUACAUUUACAGUAAAUAUUCAUCUAGCAUGUGUCAAUGUUUUUGUAAACAGUAAUUAACAUUAACCCUACUCCUUCAACUUAAUAUCCUUUUUAUUAUACUAUUCAAUGUACAUUAUUUCUGUAAAUAUACUUUAUGCAAAUAUUCC